AACAAAACGCGUAUAAUCGGAUUGAUAAGGAAUAUUAUAUCAUCGCCGAUGCAAUCAUCGACCAUCGUUUUGUUUUCCUGUCUACCCAAAAACAAACCCUAGUGUCCGAAUUCUCGACAAAAUUCAUCGGCUCCAAAUUCCAUUCGUGCUUUUUGAAUUCGCGUUCUUCUGAUUCAAGAUGUUUCUUUCACCUGGUCAUUCUCCUCGUCAGAUUUCUUCUCCAUCGCCGUCUUCUUAUUCCGAUGAUACCCUCCGAUCAACGCCUCGCAGUUCUUCCUCGGAGAUCAUUCCUCGAAACCCUAGAAAACGGAUGAGAGUUCUCGAUGAGGACGCUUAUGUUGAAGCAAUCGAGAAGAUCAUCGAGCGUGAUUACUUUCCAGAUAUAACUAAGCUUAGGGAUCGGCUCGAUUGGAUCCAAGCGGUGAAAACCCGUGACCCGAUUCAAAUCCGAGAUGCCCAGUUGAAGAUUAUCGAGAGGCGUGGAAAGAAGGCGAAUCAUCAUGUUGGAGAUACCGAGGGUAAAACUCAAACUCCUGGAUCUACUUUUCUGAGAAAUUUCACUCCUUUAGAUGAAUUUGAUGGUAAAACCCCUAGAACUCCUGGAGUAUCUGGUAGAGAAUUUCAUGGUGUUGAAGUAGAUGCUGGUGAUGGAGAUGAAGAUAUAGAUCUUAAUUUGUCCCUAGAUGAGUUCUUUAGGAGAUAUACUAGUGAGGAUAACGAGAGCUUUUCGAAGAUUCUUGAGAAGGUAAAUAGGAAGAAGAAGGAGAAGUAUGGCUUUCUCCUUGAAGGUGAAAAGGAGGAUGGUAAAUCUAUUGAGGAUGUGAAGAGAGAUAGGAUUACAGAUGGGUAUGGUACAUCUGAUCAGCCACCGAGUACUUUAGAAGGAUGGAAAUAUACGGCGAAGAAUCUUCUGAUGUACCAUCCAGCUGAUCGGGGUGAGGCGCCUUUAACUGAGGCGGAAAGGGCAGUGAGAUUACUUGGAUUGACUAAGGAGAUAGUUAAAGGGAACACUCGUUUUCAUGGUAAGACUAUGGAUUCUAGGCCAAGAGAAGAUGGUUCUGUUGAGAUUCUCUACACUCCAAUCGCAGGUUCUUCCCCGAUGCAUAUCUCAGGUAGGGACAGAGACAAGUCUAAAAGGUAUGAUCUUGAUGAUCUAAGGAAAACACCGAAUCCUUUCUAUGUGGAAUCAGAUAAGAGGGCAGACAAUGGGUAUAGUUUUGUUAGAACGCCUUCUCCUGCUCCAGGUCUUGAUGAAUCACCCUUUAUAACAUGGGGUGAGAUUGAUGGGACACCAAUGCGAUUAGAUCUUGAGGAUACACCUAUUGAUAUUGGUGGUAGUGCUGAUGGACCGCACUAUAACAUUCCAUCUGCACCUCCUAGAGAUGUAAGGGCACAUUCAUUAUCAAGGGAUGCAUCGCGAAAACUUAGAGAGAGAUCGAAUAGUAUGUUUAAGAAACCUCCGUUGCCAUCUCCUCAUCGAAGUGGAAGUGCAAGUCCGAAUGUUAGGACUCUUUCACCCGCUGCUCAGAAGUUUUUCAGAAAGGCAAUAGCUAAAUCAUCUUCUACUGUUGAUGAGAGCCUUCGUGCAAGUUAUCGUGGAGCAAGUCCUCGUGGAGCAAGUCCUGGUGCUGUGACUCCUAAGAGUGUGAGAAGUAUUUCAAGAUUUGGCAAAGAUGGGACCAGCUCAGAGACAAGGUCGCCUUGAUGGUGCCAAUGUUAUGGUUAUCUGUUGUUGAAUGCUUUGGUGCUCACAUAGGCAACAAAGUUACUUCUUCUUGUACCAAUUACUGAUAUGACAGAUUUUAAAUGGAAUGCUAUCUAUCUUCGCAUUUGUAAUUUUGACUUCCACAUCUUCUCUUUUCUCUUAGCUCCCAGGCUACGCACUUCAAUAUUACAACAUCAGCACAAUAUCCUCAAGUGUAAAAUUUGGUGUUUAAGCUUUAUCUGUAGAUUCUCUAUAUUUUAGUUCCUUUUGUGUGAUUCAUGCUUUUUAAGAGGUGUCAUCCUCGAGAUUGUUCUCUCUUCAAUCUCAGGUUUCCCUCAGAGUUUGGAAUUGCUUGGAUGUUAAUUAAUC